UUUCAACACUGCCGGCCGUCCUCGCGCCAUCGUUCCAUCACCAACAAAUGCCAGCUACCACGCCACGAAUGCUCUCCUCUGCCGUGCGCCACAGCGACUCUGCUUCGACGGCGAAUUUAUUCCCGCACCGCAGCGGGCCAACGACUGCGCGCCGCGUGCUGGGCCGCGGGCUCCUCUAAUUUGGCCUUUUGACCGCCAUUGUUCGGCUGCGUGCGUUGCUCCUCCCGGCCUCACUGUUACCCAGGCACUCGCCGGCCACCCACAUCGACUCACAUCGCCCUCAGCAUGCCACGGUUGCCGCACGCCCCCACGCAGCCUGAACUCCCAUCAUGACGGACGCCAACGACGACUCCUUCCGCUCCAUCACGGGCGUCGCCCAGUCUGCAGAGCCCGCAUCGAGCGCCGCUCAUCGGCCCACCGCAGCAUCGUCCAGCGAGCCCUCUGCGAGUAAGGCGACACCACCUGCUUCUGCGUCCGACAGCGGGCCCGCCUCCAUGCGGCAGGCGCUCAACGGGGGCCGGUCGCUGAACGUGUCCGGCUCGCCGUCCACAGCCAACUCGCCGCUCUCUUCGCGGGACACCUCGCCUGCCCGCCCGCCUCUGCGCACUACAGGACCGUCUGGAUCGCAAGCCAAGCCCGGACUGCGCUCGAAGAAGAGCAGUACCGACGUCAGUCCAAACAGAGGCCCCGGUCUUGCAGGCUCAAGCACCACCGUCCCCUCUGCCGCCGCCAUACAGCGGGCCCUGUCCUCCGCAAACAUACCCCAGCUGCAGCCUGCACCGUCCCAAGAACCUUCCAGGGUUCCCAGGCCCUCGAAAAGCACACCAGCGCCGAGUUCUGGGGACACUACACCCCAUUGGCCUGUCUCACCCCGAUUAAAGUCUCCGCCACCCGCACCAGACGCCCGCUCGCGCUCACGACGGAACUCGCUGCGCAACCACCACAAGAAGCCCGAGUCAGCAUCCACGCCCUCCAUUGUCGUCCAGAGCUCGUCCGCCGGCCUUCGAUGCCCUUGGCGUACAAAGCCCUCCUCCUGUCACUCAUGGAUCCAAAUCAUCCGACGAAGAGCGAAAUGACGUCACGUCGUCCAAGGUCACCGAAGACCUUAGCGCGAA